AUGGCUGAGAUGAGAAAAUACCUCCCCAAUCAGCAACUAGAACUUUCCCAGAUAUUGCGAGAAUCACAGCAGCGUUGGCUUCGACCGACUGAAAUUUGUGAAAUACUGCGCAACUACCAAAGGUUUCAGCUAACCCCAGAUCCGCCCGUCAGGCCUCCAGCUGGUUCUUUGUUCCUCUUUGAUCGUAAAGCACUUCGGUAUUUUCGUAAAGAUGGUCACCGCUGGAGGAAGAAAAAGGACGGAAAAACUGUCAAAGAAGCACAUGAAAAGUUGAAGGCUGGUAGUGUGGACGUUCUUCACUGUUACUAUGCCCAUGGGGAGGACAAUGAGAAUUUUCAGCGGAGGAGUUAUUGGAUGCUUGAUACUCAUUUACAACACAUUGUUCUUGUGCAUUACAGAAUGGUCGAGGGAAAUAAGUCUGGUGUCUCCCGUUUGCUGGUUGAUCCAGGAUCACAGGUUGGAAGCCCUCAAAGUGCAUCAGCACCUUGCUCUGCACAAGCAAACUCCCCUGCGCCUACAGUUCAAACAUCUUUUGCUUCAAAUCCAAUCAAGGUUGAGUGGAAUGGACAAAAAUUAUCUACAGAAUUUGAAGAUGUGGAUUCUCCGGGUGAUGCUGGAGCUUCCUCUGGUACCCAACCUAUGCCUGGUUCUUUUCUGAAUGCUUGUCUGCAGUCACCAGAAGUUGGAAGACUUUCUGAGUCAUUCAGGAAUCCUUCUGGAAUAUGGUAUGCCGGACCUAAAGGUUAUGAGAGUGCUGGUUCAUCUGACUGGGCGAUGCACAGAUCAACAAGAACUGAGUGCAACCUGCAUGAACAAAAUCUUUUUGUUGAAGACAUAAAGAAAAAUCUCUUUGAAGAACUUAAUGGAUCAACUCAUAAGCUAACAGAUGCUAGAAUGGAUGGUAAUACUGGAGUCAAAGAUGAAAUUAUUGAAGAUAGGUUGACCACUAACAUAAAUGUGCAGCCUGUCACAACCCCUUCACUGAAAGAAGCUCGGGGUCAUUCUGAUCCUCACACGGUACCUUUUUCUACUGCCCAAGUUAAGAAAAGUUCUGGAGAUGCUGGUGUGCGUAGUAGAGGUGAGCCAGUAGAGCUGAAGAAACUUGACAGCUUUGGUCGAUGGAUGGAUAGAGAAAUUGGUGUGGAUUGUGAUGAUUCAUUGAUGGCUUCAGACUCUGGCAAUUACUGGAGUACACUUGAGGCUGAGAAUGGUGAUAGGGAAGUUUCCAGUUUAUCAGGCCAUAUGCAGCUAGAUGUUGAUUCACUUGGCCCUUCUCUUUCCCAGGAACAACUGUUCAGUAUCUGUGAUUUUUCACCAGAUUGGUCUUAUUCAGGAACUGAAUCAAAGGUUUUAAUAGCUGGAAGAUUUUUAGGAAGCAAGAGAAAUUCUACGGACACUAAGUGGGGAUGCAUGUUUGGUGAAAUAGAGGUUUCUGCUGAAGUUCUGACCGAUAAUGUUAUUCGAUGUCGAACUCCUUUACAUGCUCCUGGGUGUGUUCCAUUUUAUGUGACCUGCAGAAAUAGGUUGGCCUGCAGUGAGGUGAGGGAGUUUGAAUAUAGAGAACAACCCGUGGGGAUAGCUGUAAACAGCUCUAGAGAAUAUGAGUUGAGCUUUCAAUUACGUCUUGCAAAAUUGUUGAACUUGGGAUCAGAAAGGAAGUGGUUGGAAUGUUCUGCUUUGGAUUGUGAUAAAUGUAAGCUCAGAAGUUCCCUGUGUUCAAUAAGAAGCAGCUGCGGGAGUGAUUGGGUAAUAGCUGAUGGAGCUUCUAUGGCAUGCAAAAGCGAUCAGCUGACCCACAGAGAUGUAUUGAUUCAGAAUUUGCUGAAGGAUAGACUUUUUGAAUGGCUGGUCUGUAAAGUUCAUGAAGAAGGUAAAGGACCACAUGUUCUAGAUAAUGAUGGCCAAGGCGUUCUACAUUUGACAGCUGCUCUUGGUUAUGAGUGGGCGAUGGGCCUCAUAGUUUCUGCUGGUGUCAGUCCUAACUUCAGAGACGCACAUGGAAGAACCGGACUUCACUGGGCAUCAUAUUAUGGAAGAGAGGAAACAGUCAUCACAUUACUUGGAUUGGGUGCUGCUCCAGGUGCUGUUGAGGACCCAACGCCAGAAUUUCCUGGAGGACAAACAGCCGCUGAUCUAGCCUCAAGUAGAGGCCACAAAGGGAUUGCUGGAUAUUUGGCAGAAGCUGAUCUAACCAGUCACCUGUCAUUGUUGACCGUCAAUGAUAAAACAUUGGACAACGUUUCUGCAACUAUUGCAGCUGAAAAGGCUAUUGAGACUUCAGAAGCUGUUACAUCUGAUGUGACGGUAGAUGAUGAGAACUCUCUCGAAGGCUCUCUAGCAGCAGUUAGGAAAUCAGCCCAUGCGGCUGCUUUGAUUCAAGCAACAUUCCGUGCUCGUUCAUUCCGCCAGAGACAGUUAAGUCAGAGCAGCAGUGAUAUUUCUGAAGCUUCUAUUGACCUAGUUGCACUUGGUUCCUUGAAAAGAGUUCAAAAGUUUAGUCACUAUGAAGAUUAUCUGCAUUCUGCAGCAGCUCUGAAGAUACAAAGAAAGUAUCGUGGUUGGAAGGGGAGAAAGGAAUUUUUGAAGAUACGUAACCGUAUUGUUAAAAUUCAGGCUCAUGUCAGGGGACAUCAGGUUCGUAAGACUUACAAAAAGCUUGUUUGGUCUGUUGGUAUAAUGGAGAAAGUAAUAUUGCGUUGGAGGCGAAAACGGCCUGGUUUGCGAGGAUUUCGGGUGGAAAAAGCUGUUGAUACAUCUUCAGAGAAUAAAAGAAGUGAUGACUAUGAUUUUUUGAGUGUUGGGAGGAAGCAGAAAUUUGCUGGAGUGGAGAAAGCUCUUGCAAGGGUACAGUCCAUGUCUCGUCACCCUGAAGCUCGUGAACAGUAUAUGAGGUUACAGUUGAAGUUUGAGAAGCUGAAGAUGGUUGAUGUGAGUGGUGCCUCGAACAAAGUUGAAGGUCAGUAAAUAUGAUAAAAGAGGAAGACCUUGUUGCAUUCACCGAAGGGUCACUGAUCAACUCCAUCUUGUCACAAGCGGUUCAAUGGACUUGAGCUUUUUGGUAUUUAUCAGCCUUUACACAUAAAUUUUUGCCUGUAAAUAAUGUCUCAUGCUUUAAUUGGGAGGUUGUGUCAGCUGCAGAAAGGAAAAGAAAAGGGAAGGGCAACAUUAACAUUCAUAGAGUUUCAUCUUUUCUUAGAAUAUCCCGUAGUCGAAAUUUGUUUUGUCUGACCUAGAUCUAGGAUUACGGAAAUGGGGCAGAUCGCAAUGAAACUUGAGAACAGUUGACACAUUAAGCCUGGCAUUGAAUAGACAUGGAAUUCUUCUUAUCAAUAUCAAAUCAAUGAUGGGUUCUAUAUUGUAUGC